AUUCACCAUGUUGCAAAUGUGACUUUGGAGACAGAAAACUUGCAAAUAUGGGAAAUAUUUGGAAAGUUGCAUUUAUUUUUAUUUUUUUUAAGUUCUUUAUUUUAAAGACUGAAGGAGCAAAUCAAAAGAACACAGAAAAUGAUAAAAGUAUAAAUGGAGGAGGCACUUGUAUUGGCUAUGGAGAUCCUCAUUACUUUACGUUUGAUAACUAUCCUCAUACCUUCAUGGGAAACUGCACAUACACCCUCACAAAGCUAUGUGAACAGAACAGCACUUUGACCUAUUUCAAUGUGGAAGUUGCACAUGAGUACAGAGGGGAGAACACCCUUGUAUCUUAUGUCAAGCAAGUAACAGUAUAUGUUCAUAAUUAUGCUAUAAACCUGGAAAAGGAUAGGCUUGUAAAGGUAAAUGGACAGAUCCAGCAUCUUCCCCUGAACUUGUCUCCAGGUGUGUCUAUUGGUUUGAGUGGUCAGUAUGUUGCUGUCACAGUUAAUGCUGGGUUAAGAGUGAAAUAUGAUGGAGACCACCGAGUCCAAGUAACACUUUCUAAAGUGUAUGAGAGAAAAGUAUGUGGAAUAUGUGGCAAUUUCAACAAUGAUCGUCGAGAUGAUACUCUCAAUCUUGCUGGGCAAAAAGAAGACAAUUCUAUCAGCUAUGGCAAUGGCUGGCAAGUACCUAGUGAUACUCACUGCUCAUUAGACUCAGACCAAAAAUUUAAUUGCUCUGAUGAUGUAAGACGCAAAAUUGAGAGCUAUGAAUCCUGUGGCAUAAUGCUUCCGUUUGAUGGUAUUUUCCAACGCUGCCAUCUAAUAGUAGAUCCAAGGGAGUACUUUGUAAACUGUUACUAUGACAUGUGUGCACAACAACUAGACCCACAUACACUCUGUAUCCACAUUCAGUCUUAUGCAGAUGCUUGCCAGGAGGCAGGAUCCAUUGUGCUCCCCUGGAGAAAGGAAACGUUUUGUCCUCUGUCAUGUCCACCCAACUCUCAUUAUGAGCAAUGUGGUACAUCGUGUCCAGCUACUUGUUCAAACCCAGAAUCCUCACCCACUUGCAAUCUCCCUUGUGCUGAGGGAUGUGUCUGUGACACAGGAUAUGUUCUCCAAGAUAAGAAGUGCGUCCCUACAGCAGAAUGCCAAGGAUGCUGGGAUGGCAUUAAAAAUCAUCCAGUGAACUUUGAAUUCUGGACAGAUGACACUUGUUCUACAAAGUGCAGAUGUCCAUCUGAAGGAAGUGAAUUUACCUGUACUCCUUCUUCUUGCCCAGAUGACAAAUACUGUGGCAUAACAAAUAGCAUUCCUGGCUGCUAUGAUCAAACAUUUGGCAAUUGCCUAGUCUAUGGGGAUCCUCAUUAUAAUACCUUUGACAAAGCAGUUCAUCACUAUAUGGGAGUGUGCACCUACACACUCUCCAAACUCUGUAGCAAUUCCACUCUGCCAUAUUUUAAUAUUGAAGCAAAGAAUGAGCAUCGUGGUAACCCAACAGUGUCAUAUAUUCAAAUGGUUAUGGCAGAUAUUUACAAUCAUCAAAUAACAAUUGUGAAGAAUGAACCAAAACGUGUCCUGAUUAAUGGUGUAUGGACCAUUCUCCCAGUAAGUUUGGAUAAUGGAAACUUGACAGUAAGCCGAAGUGGAAGAUAUAUCCUUGUGGAGACUGAUUUCAAACUCACAGUCUACUAUGACACUGAUCAUACAGUGGAGGUAAAUGUUCCUACCACCUAUUUCAACCAGACAUGUGGAAUAUGUGGUAAUUUUAAUGGAGACCUAGGAGAUGACUUCAUGAUGCCUAAUGGUCAACAAGCACAGGACACUAAUCAGCUGGGAAACAGCUGGAAAGUAGAUGAUGAUGAUCCAUCAUGCACACCAGUUCCUCCACCUCCAAUUUGUCCACCAGUGAAGGAAGAAUUUUAUGAAAGAGAUACCUACUGUGGCCUUAUAAGAAGUAAAGAUGGUCCAUUCCAGGCUUGUCUUUCUGUAAUCAACGCAGACAGAUUCAUGAGCAGCUGUGUGUUGGACCUGUGUGUCCUUGGUGACGCUGCUCUGUGCACUGCAUUAGAGGCAUAUGCUGAUGCCUGCCAACGGGCUGGAGUUAGCAUCACUUGGAGAAACUCAACAUUCUGCUCUCUCAAGUGUCCUGCUAACAGUCACUACAACCAAUGCACCAGUGCAUGUCCUGCCACUUGUCUGAACCAGAAUGCAUCAAGCAAUUGCACUAAACCAUGCAUUGAGGGCUGCCAGUGUGAUAAUGGCUUUGUUCUUAGUGGGAGUACCUGUGCUGAAGUCAAUGAUUGUGGAUGUUCUUAUAAUGGCACAUAUCAUCAGAAAGGAGACCAGUUCUGGCAAGGAGAAUGUGAGGGCCAAUGCACAUGUAUUGGAAAUAACCACGUAACCUGCAAUGACAAGAAAUGUCAAGCAAACCAAAUGUGUAAAGUCCAAAUGGGUGUUCUAGGAUGUCACCAGUCAGACUCCACCACUUGCCAUAUUUAUGGUGACGCACACUAUGUCACAUUUGAUGGCAAACUGUACCAUUUCAAAGGAGCUUGUACUUAUACCACUGUGGAGUCCUGUCGGUACUCCUCUGUUAAUUUCUCAAUCACAACGAGGAAUGGGCACAGGGGAACUUUGGACUGGACAGGUUUAAAUUCAGUUGUUGUUAAAAUUGGGGACCUGAACAUUGUACUGGGGAAGCAAAAAAAUGCUUAUGCGUCACACAUAGAGGUAAAUGGAAGAAAGAUUACUUUUCCAGCGAAUACAGGCUCUGGAAUCUUAAUAUAUAAUAGUGGACCCUAUGUUGUACUCCAAACUGAUUUUGGCCUGGAGGUUAAAUAUGAUGGAAAACAUGAACUGUUUGUUAAAGUGCAUGAAAAGUUCAGAGGUCAACUCUGUGGUCUUUGUGGAACUUAUACUGGUAAUAUAAUGGAUGAUUUCUUAAAGCCUGAUGGUUUACUGGCACAUACCUCAACUGAGUUUGGAAACAGCUGGCGAAUUCCUGAUGAUGACUGGGAGUGUGAAGAUGAUGUUAUAAUUCCUCAUCCUUGUAACCCUACUGAUGAGAAACUCUAUGAAGAACAAUGUAAAAUUAUUCUCUCAAUCAAUGGUCCUUUUGAAGAAUGUCACUUUUAUAUCCUCCCUCGGAUGUACUUUGAGAGCUGUGUGUAUGAUCAGUGUGCCACAGGAGGAGACCUAGAACAGUUUUGCAAUGCCUUAGAGUCUUAUGCUGCCGCCUGUGAGAAUGUUGGUCUCAAUAUUGAAAACUGGAAAGAUGACACUAUCUGUAUGGAGGGAAAAAAAUACCCUGAUAUUUGAGAUCCUAUAAAUGUUCAGCAGUCUCUUCCUAAUACAUGCAAUUAUAUAUGUUAUAUAUCGUUUAAAAAUGUUUUUCAUAUUGUAAAUUUCAAAUUCUAUUGUGAUUUAAAUAAUAUUUAAUUAUAUUUUUACAACAUUUAUCUUAUCACCUGAAUCUCUUAUAUCUCUGGAGACACACUAACCUCUCAAUAAAAAAUAAAUGAUAAAUAAUUUU